AUGGCUUCAGCAUUGACUGGAGAUGACUUGAUGAGGACCAUGAGCCGGAAUAUGAGCAGGAACUUGAGCCGAAGAGGCAGUCUAGCUUCUGGGAGCACAAAAGGUUGGGGCACAGCUAGUAUCAGAGAAGUGUUCACAAAUCCUGGAGUCGAUGUUUUUCAAAAGAGUGGUAGAGAAGAUGACGAAGAUGAACUAAUGUGGGCUGCCAUUGAAAGACUACCCACUUAUGAUCGGCUAAAAACAGGAUUCUUGACUAACAUUUUGGAAGAUGGGAAAGUUGUUCGUGAAAAGAUUAAUGUUGCAAACCUUGGACCUGAAGAGAAACAGAAUUUGAUUAAGAAUAUACAACAAACGAUUGAUGAUGACAAUGAACGGCUUCUUGAACGACUCAGAGAUCGUGUUGAUAGAGUUGGGAUUGAUAUCCCAAGGAUUGAGAUUAGAUAUGAGAACUUGUCUAUUGAAGGGGAUGCGUUCGUUGGAAGUAGAGCACUUCCAACUUUAUUCAAUUCUACUAUCAACUCGGUUGAGAGCGUUCUUGGUUUCUUGAGGCUGUUCCCAUCAAAGAAAAGAGUUGUAAAUAUCCUUCAUGAUGUAUCUGGAAUUGUGACACCGUCUAGAAUGACUCUACUACUUGGACCUCCGGGCUCAGGAAAGACUACAUUGUUAAAAGCACUUGCAGGAAAGCUCGAGAAGGAUCUUAGGGUAACAGGAAAGGUUACAUAUUGUGGCCAUGAAAUGGAUGAAUUUGUUCCUCAAAGAACUUGUGCUUAUAUCAGUCAAAACGAUCUCCAUCACGGAGAAAUGACAGUAAGAGAGACCAUGGAUUUCUCCGGACGUUGCUUGGGAAUUGGGCCAAGGUAUGAGAUGUUAGCGGAAUUGUCAAGGCGAGAAAAAGCUGAAGGAAUUAAACCGGAUGCUGAACUUGAUGCCUUCAUGAAAGCCAUAGCGAUAUCAGGACAAGAAUCUAGCUUGGUCACCGAAUAUGUUCUUAGGUUACUCGGCCUAGAUAUAUGUUCAGACACACUGGUAGGAGAUGAGAUGAGACGUGGCAUAUCAGGUGGCCAGAAAAAGCGUGUUACAACCGGAGAAAUGCUGGUGGGACCCGCAAAGGUUUUCCUCAUGGAUGAGAUCUCUACCGGUCUUGAUAGUUCCACAACAUUCCAAAUUGUCAAGUACAUGAGACAAAUGGUUCACAUCAUGGAUAUCACUAUGAUAAUUUCUCUUCUUCAACCUGCACCCGAGACUUUUGAGCUGUUUGAUGAAAUCAUCCUCCUUUCCGAAGGUCAAGUAGUCUACCAAGGUCCAAGAAAUAGCGUUUUAGAAUUCUUCGAACAUGUUGGAUUCAAAUGCCCAGAAAGAAAAGGGGUUGCAGAUUUCUUACAAGAAGUCACCUCAAGAAAAGAUCAAGAACAGUAUUGGUACAACAAAAGUGUAGCAUACCGAUAUGUUUCUGUAGAUGAUUUUGUUCAUUUUUUUCAAAACUUCCAUACUGGUCAAAAGAUUGCGGGUAUUCUUCAUGUUCCUUACGACAAAUCUAGAGCUCAUCCUGCUGCCCUAGUGACAAAUAAGUAUGGGAUAUCAAACAAAGAACUCUUCAGGGCAUGUUUAUCCAGAGAAUGGCUUCUAAUGAAAAGAAAUGCUUUUGUGUACAUUUUCAAGACUACACAAAUCACUAUCAUGGCUCUGUUCACUUUUACCGUGUUCUUUAGGACAACAAUGAAAUAUGGUGAUUUAGAUGAUGGUGGAAAGUACUACGGGGCACUGUUUUUUAGUCUAAUCAAUGUUAUGUUUAACGGGAUGGCUGAGCUUGCUUUGACAAUUUUCCGACUUCCAGUGUUCUACAAACAAAGGGAUUCAUUGUUUUAUCCUGCUUGGGCUUUUGCACUUCCAAUUUGGCUUCUGAGGCUUCCACUUUCACUUCUAGAAUCUGGAAUUUGGAUUGUGCUUACUUAUUAUACUGUUGGAUUUGCUCCUUCUGCUGGUAGUUUUUUCCGGCAACUAUUGGCAUACUUGGGUAUACAUCAAAUGGCUUUAGGUCUAUUUCGUUUCAUAGCUGCUCUAGGAAGAACACAGGUCGUGGCCAACACUCUUGGAACGUUUACCUUGUUGUUGGUUUUUGUUCUUGGUGGAUUCAUUAUUGCCAAAGAUGAUCUUCAACCAUGGAUGAAAUGGGCAUAUUACCUUUCCCCUAUGUCAUAUGGACAAAACGCCAUUGUGCUUGUUGAAUUUCUUGAUAAAAGGUGGAGUGCGCCAAGCUUUGACACACAGAGUCGAGAAACCACAGUCGGGAAAGAACUUUUAAAGCUUAGAGGAAUGUUUACUGAAGGGCACUGGUACUGGAUUUGUGUUCUUGCACUCUUCGGCUUUUCUCUCAUCUUCAACCUUUGCUUUGUGCUGGCGCUUACAUUUCUUACCCCCAUGGCGGAUUCUAAAUCUCUUAUAGAUGAUAAGGAUGAGAAGAGGAAGAAAUUGGCGAAAAUGGCAACCGAGUCUGAGCCUGACAAAAAAGGAAUGGUGUUACCCUUCAAGCCGUUGUCUCUUGCCUUUGAUCAUGUGAACUACUAUGUCGAUAUGCCCCCUGCUAUGAAAAGCCAGGGUGUGGAAGAGGAUAGACUACAACUUUUGCGAGAUGUGAGUGGUGCAUUCAGGCCAGGGGUUCUGACAGCUUUAGUCGGAGUAAGUGGUGCUGGAAAAACAACGUUGAUGGACGUAUUGGCAGGAAGAAAAACAGGAGGAUAUAUUGAAGGAAGUAUUAGUAUAUCUGGUUACCCAAAGAACCAAGAAACGUUUGCUCGGGUCAGUGGCUACUGCGAACAGAACGACAUUCAUUCUCCUCAUGUAACCGUUUAUGAAUCUCUCUUGUAUUCUGCAUGGCUUCGAUUAUCAUCAGACGUUGAUAAAGAAACACGAAAGAUGUUUGUAGAGGAAGUGAUGGAACUCGUUGAGCUAGGUCCAAUAAGAAAUGCUCUUGUAGGACUUCCGGGGGUGGAUGGUCUAUCAACCGAGCAAAGAAAGAGGGUCACCAUAGCCGUAGAGCUCGUGGCUAACCCCUCAAUCAUAUUCAUGGAUGAGCCAACUUCUGGUCUAGAUGCUAGAGCGGCCGCUAUAGUGAUGAGAGCAGUCAGGAACACAGUUGACACUGGUCGAACUGUUGUCUGCACCAUUCAUCAACCAAGUAUAGACAUUUUUGAAGCUUUCGAUGAGCUGUUCUUGAUGAAAAGAGGAGGACAAGUCAUAUACGCUGGACCUCUUGGACGAUAUUCACACCUUCUAGUCGAGUAUUUUGAAUCUAUUGAUGGAGUUAUAAAGAUCAAAGAAGGAUUCAAUCCAGCAACAUGGAUGCUAGAUGUCACUUCUACAAUCGUUGAAUCUCAACUGGGAAUCGAUUUUGCUGAAGUUUUCGUGAACUCUGAUCUCUACAAGAGGAAUGAAAAGCUUAUCCAAGAAUUGAGCACACCACCAGAAGACUCCCAGGAUCUUCACUUUGCUACACAGUACUCACAGCCAUUUUUCGAACAGUUUAAAGCAUGUUUCUGGAAACAACAUUGGUCAUACUGGCGAAAUCCACAGUACAACGUUGUUCGAUUCUUCAUGACAACAGUUAUCGGUCUUAUAUUCGGUGUCAUCUUCUGGGACAAAGGAACUAAAUUGAAAAAACAACAAGAUCUAUCAAAUCUGAUGGGAGCAAUGUAUGCGGCUGUUCUGUUUCUUGGAGGAACAAACACGUCUGCAGUUCAAUCAGUCGUUGCUAUCGAGCGAACAGUUUUCUAUCGUGAAAAAGCAGCCGGGAUGUAUUCAGCAUUACCCUAUGCUUUUGCUCAGGCUUUGGUUGAGACCAUAUACGUCGGGAUCCAAACAUUUCUUUACAGUCUUCUACUUUACUGUAUGAUAGGAUUCGAAUGGGACUUGGGCAAGUUCUUGUGGUUCUAUUAUUACGUCUUCAUGUGUUUCGUGUACUUCACAUUGUAUGGAAUGAUGCUUGUUGCUCUUACUCCAAGUUACCAAAUUGCUGCAAUCGUUAUGUCGUUUUUCCUUAGCUUCUGGAACUUAUUCUCCGGUUUCCUUAUCCCAAGAGGGCAAAUCCCAAUUUGGUGGAGAUGGUACUACUGGGGUUCACCCGUGGCAUGGACAAUUUACGGGCUUAUAACAUCUCAGCUAGGUGAUAAAGCGACCCUAGUUGACGUGCCUAAAUACGGACCAUUGGAGGUUAAGGUUUACCUAAAGGAAUUCCUAGGAUACGAAUACGACUUCCUUGGAUAUGUCGCUUUGGCUCAUGUUGGUUGGGUACUUCUAUUUUUCGGUGUGUUUGUAUAUGGUAUCAAGGCCUUGAACUUCCAACGGAGAUGA